UGCUGUUUCAUGGAGAGGGGGUGCAAGAGACAAGCGGCGCCAUUAUUGUAAGGGGUUACAUUUAGCUGGCCGUGGUGUAGUACGCGGCGUUCAGGAUAGGGGGCUAUAGUACCUUCAUGCAUGGCCCAUAAAGGAUUCGUCGACUAUCCGAGAAGUACGCAAGAAACGGCUUCUAACACCUGACAGGCCGCGAUCACCCGUUCUCCCGCGCCCUGCAGCUCAAUUUUCGCGGGUGCUCAUCAACAGCUGUGGACGGAGCCUUUCAUUGCUGACAUUGCUGUGCAUUCAACAUUUGUUGUCAAUUAUUUCAUACAAGUGUUUCAGAACGUAUUGUUUAUAAGUGAUCAGAACUGUGAGUGGUGACUGACGGGUUGGAAAAUAAUUCAAAAACAUAUUUAGGGGUGUUUAAAGAAAGAAACAGGGUGUGUUUCUAGUCUCUCUAUCUUUCUAUCUGUCUCUGUUUCUAGGUAUAUCAUGGGAAUAUCAUUAGAAUGAACCAAUUAACAAUUUUGUCUUUAUGAAUCUUUAUUAUUUUGGCAUAGUGUAAUGUGCCCUGUUGCAUGAGUGGUAAUAAAAGUGAAGAUAAAGUACCGAUAAACAGAGUUGGAACAAGAGGAGGGUAAGAGGUAUAUACAUUGGGAGGAGGGGGAUUGCCAACGACCGCGUGGAGACGUAUUGUCAAUGUGAAGAAGUGCAUGUAAGCUCUCUAUUUACUAUCACUUGUUUUCUCUUAUUUAAAAGCAAUCUACCUACAUUCUGGCUGUUGAUUUAAUCAUUGAAAAGCACAGAGUGAAAGGUGUGAAAGAUGACGGAGUUGGAGAAUGUCCAGGGCAGAUGUUGACUGCCCCUUCGGUACAGGAAUCGCUUACGCAGCGAUGAGUUCCAAGUUUAUAAUUGAUAGUAUGCUACCUAAGUAUCACCAACAAUUUCAUCAUCAACAGUUGUUCGCAAGUAAUCCAAGUUCAAUUCAAAGCUGUUCAGGCGGUUCAUCAACCGCCUCUCUCGAAUCAAGCCUUUCGGCAGCGGCUGUAGCCGCAGCAGCUGUCAAUUACGCUCAACACAGUUCGCCAUCACCUACGGGCUCUAGUCCACAGCACUCAGGAAGUUCUGCAUCAACAUCACCGGCGGCGAGAACAGCUUCCAGCAUGUACCCUUACGUAUCCGCCGCGGCGGCACAUCAUCACCAUCAACAACAGCAAGCAGUUGCUGCUGCUGCUUUUGGAGCAACGUCAUCAAUGGUACCAGGAUUUGGAUCAGCUUCCACCGCUGCUUUGGCAGCAGCCGCAGCAGUUGAUGCUGCCAAUAGUGACAAAUCUUGCCGGUACACAGCAAGCCUCACUGGAAAUGCUCCUAGCUCUACUGAUCCCAUAGUCAAUUACAAUUUGAGUCAUCAUCAUCAAAACGGUGCAACUUCCAGUGGCCUUGUCUCAUCAGCACCUGCUCCAUCGGCAGUAUCUGCUGCUUCAGCAUCUAUGGCUGCUGCAGCUCAAUUCUACCAUCAAGCAGCUGCUGCUUCCGUCGUUGAUCCACUUACCUCUUGCCAGCAGCCUACCGCUGGACAACCUGGAAUACCAGACAUACCUCGAUAUCCCUGGAUGUCCAUCACCGACUGGAUGAGCCCGUUCGACCGAGUCGUAUGUGCUGAAAAUUUUCUUCCAGGUCCAAAUGGAUGUCCAAGACGCAGAGGUCGACAAACAUACACACGGUUUCAGACUCUGGAACUGGAAAAAGAAUUUCACUUUAACCAUUACCUGACGAGACGACGACGAAUAGAAAUAGCACAUGCACUUUGUCUCACAGAACGACAGAUAAAAAUAUGGUUUCAGAAUCGACGAAUGAAAUUGAAGAAGGAACUGAGGGCGGUGAAGGAGAUCAACGAACAAGCAAGACGGGAACGUGAAGAGCAGGACAUGAUGAAGAAACAACAAGCGGAAAAACAGGCCAAGAUGCAGGAGCAACAGAAUGCUAUUCAGCAUCAACAGCAUCAAAUAACUGGAUUAGAUAAGACGCAGAAUGAUAUUCUUAAAGCAGUGAGCAAGGUGCCGACAUAGGUGAUAACGACUAUAUUAUUAUGUAGUUAAAGCAGCAUUAAUUUUUUCAAUCGUGCAAGACAACAAAUAUUAUUCUGUAAAUGAAAAAAAAAGGAACCUACCCGCUAAAUUAGGCAAAGCAAUCCCUAACUACUUACGUACUUACCUGGUUGUCUGAGACAGAUAUAUACGAAGGCAACCAUGUCUGACUGAUUCUUAGAGUGUAUUUUUUAAGGAAAAACGUAAAAAAAAUAAUAGGAAAGACGAUGAUCUAUAAAAGUAUUGCUGAAAUCGACAAAAAUGAAAGAAGAGAGAGAGAAGGAGUCGAAGAGAGAAUAAACAUAUUCCAAUGCAUGAGAUAUUUGAUGCUGGAUAUACUCUUUGCACUGUUGUACAUAAAAAACCCAAGCCAAUCCGUCAAGUUUUACAGCAUCAUCAUCAUGAGGACAAACGUACUUUAUUCAAGCACUUCGAUCCGUACUCGUUUAUUGGACUCUGCUGAUCAUCAUCAUCAUCAUCACCAUUCCAAAUGUCUCUGGAAUAUUUCUAUUACCAUCUGAGUAGCUUUCAGCAUACAUAAUGUCAAUUUGCUCGCAAUUGGUUGCAUCAAAACUCCCACAACAGUAAUUGAAUGGCCGGUAUAUGCUCAAGUGUGAUGUUGUUUUCGUAUAAAACAAGCAUCAAUGUGCUUAGUAUGGAUCUAAGAGUAUAGUAGGUCGCCAAACGAUCAGUCCAGUCAUUCAGAGUAUGUGUUGUUUCUUUUUUGUAUAUGGAACUUGUGUGUGCAUGAGAGAAGAAAAGACGACAAGAAAAGAAGCAGAACACCAGCAGGAAUCUCUUGAAGGCCAGGCCGUAUCGAUUACGCGCAAAUUCUCUGGCUGUAUAUAAACGUCCACUUUCAAGGUGGGCCGCUUCUUUGAUAUCCGUUGAAUUGACAUCGAUAUCGUCUUGGUAUUAUUGUGUCUAUAGUGCAUACAAGUUCACAUACACAUUUAUACGCGUGUUGGAGAAUGAUGGCUCCUUAGAUCUGACAAAAACAGGCCCACUACUGAAAGACAUGAUUCAAACGAAUAUUUUUCUGUAAUUGUAAACAUUUAACGAUGGAAUAGUAAAAAUAAUCCCUCCAUAU